AUGGCCGCGAGUUGUGUUACCGCCUUGGCGACGUCGUCCCCUUCAUCACCGCUGAGUACGACAUGGACAUCAAGGACGGAGGACCUCACCUCGGACUCGGCGGACAGGCUCAUUGGGCGCGUGGAGGAGCAGGGGAUCUCCGACGUGGAGGAGCAGUGGAUCUCCGACGUGGAAGAGGAACAAGGGGCCUCUGGUGGCCAGGCGCGUCGGGAGCGGAGGAGGAGAGGCGAGCGACGAAUGUACAUUUUGAUGAUGACCAUUGGACUUCAGAUGCUAGUCAAUAUACAGGAUCCCAAAGAGGGACAAAUGGAAUCACCAGAUGCAGUUGUUCCUUUUGAUCUUCUCAAAGAACAUGAUGUGCCAGGAUUUCGGACACAUAAUGCGUGGAGUAAGGACGCAUGGACAACCAUUGUUAAUCGCCUGAAUACAAAAUUCAACACAUCUUUUUCACUUGGCCAAGUCAAGCAGAAGGAGCAAGAUUUAAAGAAAGCAUAUCGCAGUGUUAAAGAUUUGGUGGCUGAAAGUGAUUUUCAGGAGGCCAAUUUGGAUAUUUUGCAGCAUUCAUCAACUCCUGUACAGCACAUGCAAGUCCCACCUAACUCCACACAACUACCAUCAGAGGUUCCUGAAUGUCGACGUGGAAAGAAACAGAAGACCAAGUCCACUAGCCCUGAUGAUGGAUUUCAUGAGAGAUAUCUGAAGCUGAAGAGGGAAGAAAUAGAUCGAUUUGCUUCUAUUGAAGAGAAGAAAUUGGAGGAUCCAUACAGCAUCAACAAGUGCAUCACAGUGCUUGAAGGUUUAAAUGGUCUACAAAUGGCAGAUAUACUGGAGGCAGCAGAUAUCUUCAAAAAUAAGGAGAACAGAGAAGUUUUCUUGUCAUUCUCUUCUGAUGCAUUAAGGUUGGCUUGGAUUAUAAGGGAGAUUGGGCGUGACCACCUAGACCUUCAGGAUUAG